UUCUGUUAAGCGUUCCAGUUUUCAUAUUCAGAUUGUCUUCUAACGGUUUUUGACUUUGGAUCAGAUUUUUGGAUUUUACCUGUGCCUUGCCCUUUUGCCCUGUCUGCCUUCUCUGCCUGACUCGUCUGCACCAAACCUACUUCCAAAUUAAAUUGGAAACGCUACUUUUUGUGAGUCGUGCGUUGGGGUGUGUCCUUUGUGCUUCUCAGAACUACAACAAGAGGUGUAUUUGGCAUCUGACAUCUUUGUGAAUAUUUGUGGACUUGAAGAUUUAUCCAUAGGCACUACAAUGGCAGCUGCAACAGGAAAGGUGUUUAAUGAUCCCAUCCAUGGUCAUGUGGAGUUAAACCCACUUCUUGUCAAAAUCAUUGACACACCUCAGUUCCAGAGACUACGAAACAUCAAGCAGCUUGGAGGGGGCUAUUUUGUUUACCCUGGAGCAUGCCACAACCGCUUUGAACACUCCAUCGGGGUGGCACACUUAGCAGGAGAACUUGCAAAAGCUCUGCAGUCAAGGCAGCCAGAACUCAAGAUAAAUGAUAGAGACAUCCUUUGUGUCCAGAUUGCAGGUCUUUGUCAUGACCUGGGACACGGGCCCUUUUCUCACCUCUUUGAUGGGAUGUUCAUUCCUGAAGCAUGCAAAGGCCAAAAAAAAUGGAAGCAUGAGGAUGCUUCUAUAGAAAUGUUUGAUCACCUGGUGGAAUCUAAUAAUCUGAGAGAAGUAAUGAGGAUGAAGCCUUACAGCCUGGACAAAAAUGAUGAAAUCUUCAUCAAGGAGAUGAUUAACGGUCCUCUAAAGGAUCCUGAAGCAGCUCAGGCUGAGUGGCCGUACAAAGGACGUGAAGACACCAAGUCCUUCCUGUAUGAGAUUGUGUCCAACAAGAGAAACGGCAUUGAUGUGGACAAGUUUGAUUACUUUGCCAGGGACUGCCACCACCUGGGCAUCCAGAACAACUUUGACCACUGGCGUUUCAUAAAGUUUGCCAGGGUUUGUGAGGUGCAGGGGGAGAAGCAAAUCUGCUCCAGAGACAAGGAGGUGGGAAAUAUGUACAACAUGUUCCAUACAAGGAACUACUUACAUAGAAGAGCCUACCAGCACAGAGUAACCAAGAGUGUAGAGAUCAUGAUUAAAGAUGCCUUUAUGAAAGCAAAUGAUCACAUCAAGAUUCAAGGUUCAAAAAACAGAAAGUUCAAGGGAAAGGAAAGGAAAGGAAAGUUCAAACUUUCUACAGCCAAAAACAACAUGGUGGCCUACAGCAAGCUGACAGAUCACUUGUUCGAAUACAUACUCUACUCUGAAUCUAAAAAAGAAUCUGAAGAAGAAUCUGAAGAAGAAAUGCAAAAUGAAUCGCUAGAAACAUCCGAAGAUGAAUCGCAAGAAGAAUCUGAAGAAUCCAAAAAUCUGAAGGGGGCAAGAGAGAUUCUAAAGAGAAUCGUCUCUCGGGAUCUGUACAAGCUUGUUGGUGAAGCCAUGGAAAUGGACCACCCAGGAAGCCAAAGAAACCCAGAUGCUAAAGACACUUGGAAAAAGGAACUGACUGAAGCCCUCAAGGCUAAAAUUUCACCUGAUGACUUUGAAGUUGUUGUCGUCACUUUUGACUAUGGGAUGAAAGACAAGGACCCUCUUGCUGAGACAUAUUUCUAUGGAAAGAAGCAUCCUGACAAACCACACGCAAUCGAACCAGAUGAAGUGCGCAGCUUUCUUCCAGCACGCUUUUUUGAGAACAUCAUUCGGGUUUACUGGAAGAACCCUGAUAAGACAGUACUGAACACUGCCACAGGAUUGUUUAGUGGAUGGUGUGAGGAGAACAGAUUUAAAGUACUGAGGGAACUGGCACCGUGAAGCUGAAGAUGAAGAUCAAAAUCAAAAUGAAAACUGACAAAGGAAGAAACACUUUGACACUGGUACAGUGAGAGUGAAUAUGAUGAAAAACAUUAAUUAGGACAGAAGACCUUCAUCUUCAAAAACUCUAAUGUACUUGACACUAUUUUAACAACUUAAAGAAAUUAGAAGAGUAUAUACACAUGAAUUAUUGCUUAUUCAGGCCUGUAUGCUGCUUUUAUUUUUUUUAGCUUUUAUUCUUUUUUAGACUUGCUUCCUUUUGCAUAUGGCACAUAUACAAUACAUAAACGAAUCACUGUGUAUUUUGUUGUUGACCAUCAGAUGUAGUUUAUUAAAAUGUCAUGUUUGUGAUAUUCAGGUAUCACUCACGACUCAUUUCUAUGUUCUCAGGAACUGUUAGGAUUUUAAAAGAGGUGAAUCAAAUGUGUGACGGAGUCAUUUAAUGUGAAUAUUUAGUUUGUGUUUGGGGUCUAAUUAGUGGUUUUUGGUUUUAAUAUUAAUUAUAAUAUUCAGUGUGUAAUUCUAUGAAAUAUUUUGAUUUUGGAUGGGUUUCUUCAUCACAUUCUUGUUUCAUACAUAGCCAUUGUUCAUUUAUACUGGCUUCUUAAUAUGAAAUAAGAUAUAAAUAAGAAAUAAGAUCAUAAUCAUUUAAACUCAAACCAUUAUAUAUUACUAUCAUUUCUUCACUGUAUUAAAUCCUAAUAGCUCAGCUCACAUAUAUGUGAUUAAGGCAUAGUUUGUGUAUUGUUGUGUUUGAUUCACUGUGUGCAAAUUCAUUGUAACUCAAUAGUGUAAUGUGUGUCUAACUGGGAAAGCUAAAAGGUUAACAGAGCCUUUGAAUUGUACUCAGUUCAGGUGAUCAGUGGUGUCUGGUUGAUAGAAU